AUGGUUUCGCUACUCCAAGAUCAAUCCAAUAUUAAAUUUUCAUCUUCGGACACUCUGGAAAGAGAUCAACAAGACUUCAUGAAGACACAGGGGGAUUCAAUAUCCCCAGUUCAGCAAAGUGAUAAUCUCAGUUACAGCUGCCAACCAUAUGAGUCAGACGUCAGGACAGAAAGGAAGAGCUCAGAGUCUUCUCACAGCCCCAGCCCUGCUUCCCCAGCCCAGGAUCAGAUUCAUGGGAGAUACCCUACGAACCAGGGAAUUCACUGCGGCAAGAACAAAUUCAAAGCAUCUUUCAGUGCUGAAAAAUUCAGGAGGUACAGUUACGAGGAAAACACUGUAGGAAACUACGACCGGUUCCUCAAGAGCAGCAGGAACCCCUUCCACCCUUACAAGAGGCAGAUCAGUGAAGAUGUUUUCCAGGAAGCACACCAAGCCCUCCCACCAGAAGCUUCACCCUUCAAAAAUCAUAGAAGCAUCGACGGUUUUGAGGGUCUAUCAGGAUCUACAGGUCCUGACGAGUCAGAGUCAUUUCCCACGCACAUCCCGGACAUCUCCACGGAGCAACCAUGGUGUAACAGCCUCCAGUACAGCACCACGGGUCAGGAUCACAGCUCACAAGUCAUGCAGGAUUCAGACAUGAAGCUUAGGACAUCCCCACUGGAAGGGCAGCCUGGUUUGUACUGCUACCAGCCUCAAGUGCAGCAGAUGUAUUGCCCCUCACACCCUUUCCAUCAGUAUCCCUCAGGAGGCAGCUACCCUGUGACUUACAUUGCUUCUUCACACUACCCUUACCAAAGGAUCGCUCCUCAGAGCAGUCAAGAAUCCCAGCAGCCUCUGUUUCCCAAGCCCAUCUACUCCUACAGCAUCCUGAUCUUCAUGGCUCUCAAAAACAGCAAGACAGGGAGUUUGCCAGUCAGUGAGAUUUACAAUUUCAUGACGGAACACUUUCCUUACUUUAAGACAGCUCCAGAUGGCUGGAAGAAUUCUGUGCGCCACAACUUAUCUUUGAACAAGUGCUUUGAGAAAGUUGAAAACAAGUCAGGCAAUUCCUCUCGGAAAGGCUGUUUGUGGGCUCUGAACCCAGCCAAGAUUGAUAAGAUGCAGGAGGAGCUACAGAAAUGGAAGAGGAAAGAUCCAGUUGCUGUAAGGAAGAGUAUGGCAAAGCCAGAAGAACUUGACACCCUGAUAGGCGACAAGAAUGAGAAGCUGAGAUCUUCCCUCAUGUCCUGCAGCCCGACGGGCGUUGCAGGUGCCUCACUUUCCAGGCAGAUGGCAGCCCAAUCCCAUUCCUUAUGCGAGCCCUCCCUCUCCUCCGGGAUCCCACAGCCAUUACACAGCAUCCACGCCUCGGGAGCUCUGCAUGCCAAGAACGCUUUACCCAACUUACUGGGGGGGCAGCAGCCUCCGUGCUACACAUCCCCACAGGGCUUCCCCCAAAUCCCAAAUGCACUGAUGCAGCAGACACCGGACGCUCAGAGCCUGUUUCCUUCUGGGGAGGCUCAAAGCGAGCUCCGAACUCAGCCCAGCAUCACUCAGGACUCCCCGCUGCCGGCGCAGACCCCCCCAAACUGCGGGAUGAAGAUGCUGCCGGAGCAUUCCACAGCCAGGACAGUGCAGGACACGCUCAUGCCGGAGGGAGACCUCAGCAAUGACAUCGAUGCUCUGAAUCCAUCCCUGACUGAUUUUGAUCUCCAAGGGAAUCUUUGGGAGGAGCUAAAAGACGACAGCCUUGCUGUGGAUCCUCUUGUCCUCAUUUCAUCAUCCCCAGUGUCUUCCCAGUGUUUCCCCUCUCACUGCCAGCUGGAGAACAGCAGCAACAUCCCCAUCCCAAACGGAACUCCACAUGGAAACGUACCCGACCUCCAGCUCACUACCCUGUACUCUGCCUUCAUGGAAUUGGAUACAGUGUCUCCUGCCUACCUAAGUAAUCCUGGAUCCAAACCUAUAGCACUAAUGUGAACCACGUGCCAACCUAAUUAUUAUUAUUAUUAUUAUUUUGUUGAAAUCCAGUCCUGACCAUCACACACUUCCCUGAUUGAUGUCAGCUGAGACCGUGUCCAUGGGAAUAAGAAUAAUCUUUUUUCCAGAACUCUCCCGCAGGAUAUGUAGCUUUACUAUAAUAAUUUUCUACAGACAGACACUAAAAAAAAAAAUUUAAAAUACUAUUUAAAGAUAAUAUUGUUAACAGCUGAACUUGUCAACACCAUUUUAUCAAGCCACUCAUCUUCUGCAUCUUCCAGAAACAAACGACUCUAAGAGGAAAACAACUCAUUGACUUUUUUUUUCCUUUUCUUUUUUUCUUUAAUGAAAGCUGCUUGCAAAUGAACACAGAACUCACAGCACACAACAAUCUAACUUAUUUCUUGGAGCCAAUGAUGGCAACAUCAUCCACCACAGACCACUCAAAAUAAAAAAUCUACAUGUUAAAACAGUUAUAGUCCCCUUGAAAGCAGUUCUGGGUUUUGGUAAACAAGAAUGUGAACUGAAAAUUCUGUAAGUAUUAGAAGAUAGAGGACAAGCUGCUGACAGACUAAACC